GGGGGGUGCGCGCUGCCUUCGGGGCUCUAGUACGCGCUCCAGGGUUCGGGGCGCCGGGACCAUGGCGCUGCGCGCCCGGGCGCUGUACGACUUCAGAUCGGAGAACCCGGGCGAGAUCUCGCUGCGGGAGCACGAGGUGCUGAGCCUGUGCAGCGAGCAGGACAUCGAGGGCUGGCUCGAGGGGGUCAACAGCCGCGGCGACCGCGGCCUCUUCCCGGCUUCGUAUGUGCAGGUGAUCCGCGUCCCCGAGCCCGGCCCGGCGGGCGACGGCGGCCCGGGCGCCCCGGCCCGCUACGCCAACGUGCCGCCUGGCGGCUUCGAUCCCCUGCCCGCCGCGCCGCCCGCCUCCUUCAAGCCGCCCGACACCUUCCAACCGCUGCUGCAACCGCAGCAGGCGCCGCCGCCGAGCACCUUCCAGCCGCCGGGCGCCGGUUUCCCGUACGGCGGGGGCGCCCUGCAGCCGUCGCCGCAGCCGCUCUACGGCGGCUACCAGGCCAGCCAGGGCAGCGACGAUGACUGGGACGAUGAGUGGGACGACAGCUCCACGGUGGCCGACGAGCCCGGCGCGCUGGGCAGCGGCGCGUACCCGGACCUCGACGGCUCGUCGUCGGCGGGCGGCGUCGCGUCUGGCCGCUACCGCCUGUCCACGCGCUCGGAACUGUCGCUGGGCUCCCGCGGCGGCUCGGCGCCAACGCAGCACCACGCGUCGGGAGCCAAGAGCUCGGCCACCGUGAGCCGCAACCUCAACCGCUUCUCCACCUUCGUCAAGUCGGGCGGGGAGGCCUUCGUGCUCGGCGAGGCGUCGGGCUUCGUGAAGGACGGGGACAAGCUGUGCGUGGUGCUGGGGCCCUACGGCCCCGAGUGGCAGGAGAACCCCUACCCCUUCCAGUGUACCAUCGACGACCCCACCAAGCAGACCAAGUUCAAGGGCAUGAAGAGCUACAUCUCUUACAAGCUGGUGCCCACGCACACGCAGGUGCCAGUGCACCGGCGCUACAAGCACUUCGACUGGCUGUAUGCGCGCCUGGCCGAGAAGUUCCCGGUCAUCUCGGUGCCCCACCUGCCCGAGAAGCAGGCCACGGGCCGCUUCGAGGAGGACUUCAUCUCCAAGCGCCGGAAGGGCCUGAUCUGGUGGAUGAACCACAUGGCCAGCCACCCCGUGCUGGCGCAGUGCGACGUCUUCCAGCACUUCCUGACGUGCCCCAGCAGCACCGACGAGAAGGCCUGGAAGCAGGGCAAGAGGAAGGCCGAGAAGGACGAGAUGGUGGGCGCCAACUUCUUCCUGACCCUGAGCACGCCCCCCGCCGCCGCCCUGGACCUGCAGGAGGUGGAGAGCAAGAUCGACGGCUUCAAGAGCUUCACCAAGAAGAUGGACGACAGCGCGCUGCAGCUCAACCACACGGCCAACGAGUUCGCGCGCAAGCAGGUGACGGGCUUCAAGAAGGAGUACCAGAAGGUGGGCCAGUCCUUCCGCGGCCUCAGCCAGGCCUUUGAGCUGGACCAGCAGGCCUUCUCGGCAGGCCUGAACCAGGCGAUCGCCUUCACCGGAGAUGCCUAUGACGCCAUCGGUGAGCUUUUUGCCGAGCAGCCCAGGCAGGACCUGGACCCCGUCAUGGACCUGUUAGCGCUGUAUCAGGGGCACCUGGCCAACUUCCCGGACAUCAUCCACGUUCAGAAAGGAGCUCUUACCAAAGUAAAGGAGAGUAGGCGACACGUGGAAGAAGGGAAGAUGGAGGUCCAAAAGGCCGAUGGCAUUCAAGAUCGCUGUAAUACUAUUUCUUUUGCCACUUUGGCCGAAAUUCACCACUUCCAUCAAAUUCGAGUAAGAGACUUUAAAUCACAGAUGCAGCAUUUCUUACAACAACAAAUAAUUUUUUUCCAAAAAGUGACCCAGAAGUUGGAAGAAGCUCUUCACAAAUAUGAUAGUGUUUAAUGACUGGACAUUGGAUUGUGGACUUUUUUCAGUUCAAGGGUAAUUUCUACAGCAGAAUAAAAAGUGCUAUCAAAGAGCUAUUGCCAACUAUCAGUGGUGGUACAAGGAUGGUUUUAUAUUCAACUGAAACCCAGCUGAAUAUAUAAUUAUGUAAGAAAUAAACAGUUAAUAUGGUUAUAUAAUAGAAACAGUACCACACAUUGUAACUAAAUUAUACUAUGUAUGCCUACACUACCAUUGUAACUUUUGGAAUAAUGAUUAUACUAUUUGCCUUAUUGCUUUUUGAAGUAUGGGUAUUUUAGUGCAUACUUUGUAGACCUCAAAACCCAUGAAGGGUCUCAAAGAAGCUGGCUGGAUAAAAGCCUGCUGUGGAUGCCUUUUUACUCUCGUAGAUUGGGAUUACCUAAAUUCAACCUAUUCUCUGUUUACAAACUCCAACUAGAGCAGCUAUGCGACUUUGUGCCUUUAGACUCUUGGUUUUUCAUUUCUCCCCCUCCCCGCCCCCCAUUUUUUAAAGAAAGCCGCAACUUUUCUGAUUGAAAAAGUGAAAGGCCAGUGCAUCUAAUGACAAACUGAUGAUAAACUCAUAUUGGUGGGGAUAGGGGGUGGGGAGGAUCAGCUGUCAUCAAUUUGCACAGCAAGUAUUAUCUCCUGAUAAGAUGCUGGCGAGUGCAGAGGAGUGAGACUCAGUGCUCUCUUUGGAUAUGAAGUCUGUUAGAGAAGAGACGGCGCUGCUAUGUUCCCUUAGAUGCUACAGUUGCAUAGCCUCUUCACGCAAGUGUCCUGGAAACUGGGCGUGAAGAUUUCAGCAAACAUGUCUUACAACAUGGAGGAGGAGGAGCCUAGUCAGUCAAGGGAGACAGAAUCAGUGACAGCACACACUUGGUUUGAAUUCUUAGGAGGGUGUCCUUUGUUUUGUUUUUUCAGAGCAAAGGUUUUCUUUUAAUAUUCAGUUUUUUAGAAAAUGGAUCUACACUGUUAACUGAUUGAGACUCCACUGUGAUUCACUCGUUUACUUAAUCAAAAACUUUUCAGGGAUGUCGGUAAAUUUCAGUGUUAUACGUGAUGAAAAGUGGUGUUGGUUGAUCUAAGGAGGGACCAGAAAUAAUUUCUACUAUUCCAGAUACUGAAGGAAAAAAUAAUUGAUUUAUACUGUGUUUUUUUAAAAAAGUAUUGAUAAGCUCCCCAGGACAUUUAACCUUAAAAUUAUUUUAAAUAUAUUCUUUUACUAUUAUAAGGGAAAUACAAAUGGCUGAUAAAUACCAAAAAGAUUCAAAAGUAGCUUAAUUAAAAAGCACAAAGAGAGUUAGCCUUAAAAUGCUAAAAUCUCAAUGUUUUUAUAGUUGCUCAGCUAAAUAAUGUGAUUCUUGAGUUUACAGAUUUAAAAAUUGUCACUGAAGGUUAAAAUAUCUACUGUUUCUAUGAAGUCAAACUUAUGCUGCCUCAGAAAUCCCUGGGUACUGAAAUGGUAACAGAAGUAAAGAGGUCAGUUUGAAAUAUUUGUGAGUCACAAUGAUUAAAGAAAAGGGUCAGUUUGCAGAUAGUCAUAAAAAAAAAAGAUUAUUGAAAUAAUUACUGAACAGCACAUUCAUUCUCUAGAAAGUAAUCUCAUAUGGGUUAAAUUUUUAAGAUCAGAUUAUCAUAAUUUUGAUCUUUGGUCAAAAUUUUGUACCUUAGUUACUUAGAGCCAGAUUUAACAUCAUGUGGAUUUUUGUCUUUACUACAGAUAUGUGGAACUGUAACCAAAUACAUUCUUCUCUAAAAAAUAACUUUUUCUUGU